AUGGAAGGUAGAACAGGUUCAAAAGGAGCGCUGCAAAUCCAGGCUGACUACUUUAAUGAAGCAACUGAGUAUAAUGCUCUUAUAGAAAGAAUUGACAGUUUGAAGGAAGCUAGAGAUCGAACCCUAGAACAGAGAGUAUUAGAGGAAACCAGGGAGGCGCAGUUGGAAGAUAUUUCCAGAUUACGCAAGUUUGUGAAAUGGUUAGGGGAGGAGAAGGUGGGUCUAACUGGAAUAGCAAUAUCAACAGCAGGUCUACUAACAACUAUUCUUAUUCAUGCUAGGGGAGCCAUUGUGAAGACAGCAAAGGCCACUGGUAAAGUAGCAAAAGCAUUAGCAAAUUUAGCAAAGAAAGCAGGACCAAUCCUAGUUCCAAUCCUGAGCGCAGUUGCAACGGCGCUAUCAUGGGGUGCCAAAGGAGUUGCAUGGUUAGCGUCACACUUAUGGGUAUUAGCUGUAGCUGCAGCCUUAAUGGUGUUUAAUUAUUACAGCAAGUAA